AUGUCUGCUGUCCCACUUACAGAACAUACUGCUAUCUUGUCCAAGUACUUGGACUUGCCUCAAAACGGCAAGGUUUUGGCAGAAUACGUCUGGAUUGACGCUGAAGGCAAAACCAGAUCCAAAUGUAAAACUUUGAACAAGAAGCCUUCGAGUGUUGAUGAUUUGCCCGAGUGGAACUACGACGGUUCGUCGACUAUGCAAGCUCCAGGCCACGACUCGGAUGUCUACUUGAGACCAGUUGCUUUCUACCCAGACCCAUUUAGAAAAGGUGACAAUAUCAUUGUUCUUUGCGAAUGCUGGAACAAUGACGGUACCCCAAACAAGUUCAACCACAGACACGAAUGUGCCAAGUUGAUGAAGGCCCACGCCAACGAAGAAGUUUGGUUUGGUUUGGAGCAAGAAUACACCUUAUUUGACCAAUACGACUACCCAUACGGAUGGCCAAAGGGCGGUUUCCCAGCUCCUCAAGGUCCUUACUACUGUGGUGUUGGUACCGGUAAAGUUGUCGCUAGAGAUGUCAUUGAGGCCCACUACAGAGCUUGCUUGUACGCAGGAGUCAAUAUCUCUGGUAUCAAUGCCGAGGUUAUGCCCUCGCAGUGGGAGUUUCAAGUUGGUCCUUGCGAAGGUAUCAACAUGGGCGACGAGUUGUGGAUUGCUCGUUAUUUGUUGGAGAGAACCGCUGAAGAGUUUGCCGUUAAGGUCUCCUUCCAUCCAAAACCAUUGAAGGGCGACUGGAAUGGUGCAGGUUGCCACACCAAUGUCUCGACCAAGGACAUGAGACAACCAGGCGGCAUGAAGGUUAUCGAAGUUGCCUUGAGCAAAUUGGCAAAGAGACACAAGGAACACAUGCUCUUGUACGGAGCCGAUAACGAGCAAAGAUUGACUGGUCGUCAUGAAACUGCUAGCGGUGACUCGUUUUCAUCUGGUGUUGCCAACAGAGGUGCUUCUGUUCGUAUUCCAAGAUCUGUCGCUAAAGAAGGAUACGGUUACUUUGAAGAUAGAAGACCUGCUUCAAACAUUGACCCAUACUUGGUCACAGGUAUAAUGGUGGAAACCAUCUGUGGAUCGAUUCCAGAUGCUGACAUGGCCAAGGAGUUCCUUAGAGAAACCAGUGGUGAGAUAUAA